UUUGUCUCUCUCACCCCUCCCCCAGACCCUAAAGUCCUUCCAAAUGUGUACUAGCACGGUCCUGUGUCAUGCCUGUGUGCUCUGAAAGCGAUUUAACUUUCGAUAAUGCGGCGAUACAUUCGUGCAUUCCUUGUGUGCACGGUGUUGGCAGUGUUAUCGGUAUUGUACGUGUACAGUAAACUGUUCUACUCGACUCUGUUGGACGGAGGAGGCGUCGGUAGGAUGACGUUCUUGUCGCCAGCUGCUUCCCAGCGGAGAGCCAUCGGACAAGGAACCAAGCUGCUAGAAGACAGAAAAGGCCCCGAGAGCCAACAUUGGAAUAACAGGAACAUCAUGCGUCAGAGGGUUGAGAGCGAUCCCAGUCCUGCUCCCAUCAUGCACCUGGGCGUGGUGGCGUGCGGCCAGAGGCUGGAGGAGACCCUGACCAUGGUCAAGUCUGCCGUGCUCCUCAGCUCCAAACAGCUCCUCCUGCACCUGUUCUCUGAGGAGCUUCUGCACAGCAGCUUCACACUGGCGUUGGAGUCUUGGCCUGGCCAUGUGCGCUCCAGGUUCAGCUACAGGCUGUACCCCAUCACCCUCCCCCAGGAGCACGCUGCAGAGUGGAGGAAGCUGUUCAAACCCUGCGCCUCCCAGAGGCUCUUCCUCCCUCUCAUCCUGAAAGACGUAGACUCCCUGCUCUACGUAGACUCUGACGUCGUGUUCCUGGAACCUGUCGACGCCCUGUGGGCGUUCCUGACCGCCUUCAACUCCACCCAGCUGGUUGCCAUGGCGCCGGAGCACGAGGAGCCGCGCAUAGCCUGGUACAACCGCUUCGCCCGACACCCGUACUACGGACGCACAGGGAUCAACUCUGGGGUCAUGCUGAUGAACAUGACCCGCAUCAGGAGCACCUACUUCAAGAAUGACAUGACGUCCGUAGGACUCAGGUGGGAGGAGCUACUGAGGCCUCUGCUGCAGAAAUACAAGCUGAACAUCACCUGGGGAGACCAGGACCUGCUUAACAUUAUCUUCCACCACAACCCUGAGUGUCUGAUGGAGGUGUCAUGCCAGUGGAACUACCGUCCAGACCACUGUAUCUACGGCUCCAACUGUGUCUCAGCAGAGGAAGCUGGGGUCUGCAUCCUCCAUGGCAACAGGGGGGUCUACCAUGACAACAAACAACCUGCAUUCAGAGCUGUAUACGAUGCCAUAAAUCAGUACUCGUUUGACGCGGACCCAGUCAGCUCUCUGCUGCGCCCCCUGGAGGCCGCACUGCAGAACACCACCCACACCUACUGUGGCAAGGCCCAACACCAGCUCACCAAAAGACUGGCAGUCAGUCUAACCAGCACACACAGAGGCUGACCUGUCAGAGCCUUCCAGAAGGGUCUAGACUUAAGGAUGACAGCAGCUCACCUAUGUCUAGUACCUGAGUCUGGCCUGGACAGCUGCAGAUUGUUGUGUCCAACAAGACUCUCUCCAUAUUGGAGAAUCUACGUUAUCUCCAUGUUCACAUGGAAUAUACACACUGUGGGGUAAACACCACAAUGAUUCUGGUAAAGGCACAUUUUGUCAGGAAAUCUGUUUAAACUGUCUGUGACCCACUGUGCCAUGUGGUUGUGUUACCAAUGUGCAUAAGUUAGUGUUUGUUUUUCUAUUCAUAUGCAAUGCCAAAGUUUGUUGUUGUGUUUUUUAUUUGCACUGUUAAAUGUACAAACAAUGAUGAACAUCAGGUAAAAAAAAAAAAGAAGAAUGUUUCUUCUGGAAUGUUGUGUUCUAUCUCCUAAAAUGUUGUAUUUGUGGAUUGUGUAGCAUCUCCAUGUGUAUCCCAGAAUGUGUAAACAGCCAAAUGUUUAUGCAAUUUAUGCAAUAAAAACUAGGGGUGUAACAAUAUAUCAUGGAACAAUAUAUCGCAAUACAAAAUGUUUUAUGGCAAGUUAUGGCAAUACAAUAUGACGUCCGUUUGAUCCUAUUGGUUGAGCUACCAGUGCGCGACCUACCUGCGUCAUGCGUUCAUUGCAUUCACAGAAAUUGCUUGAACUGAGUUAACAAAAUUGUAUGUACAACAAAGAAAAUUAUUGAACAUGUUUAAUGUUUUGGAAAUAAAUCUGUUAAUUGAAUUUCAGUUUCAUAAUCUUUUUUGUUCAAAAUAUCGUGAUACGU